AUGGCCUCGGUCGAAAGUUCUCCGGCCGAUUCUUCAAUGAUCAAGGAUGCCGAUGUCACGGUGAGCAAAUGGACAGGCUUACAAGGACGGGAGAACACAGUCGAGAGCAGUGAGGAUGUCGAAGCUGGUCAAUCCGGCAAAAGUUCCGGGGUUCUGAAUGUGAUCAUCUCGGGACUGGCUCUUUUCAGCGACGGCUACAAUGCCCAGAUAAUUGGAUAUAUGGAACCCUUAUUCUCGGUCUUGUUUGUACCCCCGCCAUACAAGCCAUACAAAGAUGGCAUGUCCUCAACAAUCAAAGGUCGACUAUCGAACUCGUUUCUUAUAGGAGAAAUCUUUGGAAUGCUUUUCUUUGGUGUUCUCAUUGAUCGCGUGGGACGAAGGACGGGUGUGGUAGCGGCCACCGCGUUCUUAGUUCUGGGCAUUGCAUUGGCAGCAGCUGCGCACGGGAAAUCCGAGCUUGGAAUGUUCUGGAUGAUGAUUGUUGCCCGUGGUGUGGCUGGUUUUGGAGCCGGCGGCGAGUAUCCCGUUUGUGCGACGAGUGCAACGGAGGCAGCAGACGAGACAACGAAGCUUCGGAAAAACCGAGGUUUCUUGGUGGCCUCAACUACGGAUUUUGCCGUGGACCUGGGCUUUAUCUCCGCUGGUAUCGUGGCGCUUAUUGUUCUCGCUUGCUAUGGUCAAGAGACUAGAGCUGGUGUAUGGCGUAUAUCCUUUGGCAUUGGAUUUGUGCUUCCCCUUGUCAUCUGCUUUUUCCGGAUUCGCAUGAUCAAUUCGACUCAGUACCAGAAGCACAGCAUCAAAUCUAGGUAUCCAUAUGGGCUUAUUCUCAAAAGAUAUUGGAAGCCGAUGCUCGGAACCUCCCUGGCGUGGUUCUGCUAUGACUUUGUCACCUACCCGUUCGGAAUCUUCUCAUCCACCAUUAUCCAGCAAUUGAUGACGGACAACACAACUGUCCAGAAUAUCGGUUAUGGAACCGUGAUAAACUGCUUCUAUCUCCCUGGGUGCCUUCUUGGAGGGUACCUCAUGGACAAGAUUGGUCGCAAGCAGAACAUGACUCUUGGUUUCAUGAUCUGGGCCAUCUGGGGCUUCAUCCUUGGCGGUGCGCUUCACCCAAUCCAAAGCGUGUUCCCGCUGUUCGUAGUGAUGUACGGCAUUUUCAUGGCCUUGGGUGAAAUGGGCCCCGGUGUAUCUACGUUUCUCUGUGCUGCGGAGUCCUUUCCAACUCCUCUCCGUGGUCACUUUCUGGGAUUUGCUGCCGCCGUGGGCAAGGCUGGUGCCUCGAUUGGAACGGAGGUGUUUACUCCCAUUCUGAACUCGUUCGAUACCACUGCAAAGGGCCAGCAGGCCGUAUUUUUAAUUGCUUCUGCCUUUACAGUGGUCGGAGGUCUCAUUGCAUGGUUCUUGAUUCCGGACAUGUCGCGCGAGUUGGAGGAUGAAGAUGCCAGGUUCAAGGCGUACUUAGAGGAGAACGGAUACGACGUGAGCCACUAUGGCGAGGCACUGCAGGUGGAUAGGAAGAGUGGCCAUUAA